CCGAUGCUCACGGUGCGUUCACGGUCAGCAUGAACCGUUACCAUGUUCUGCAGCUGGUGGGAGAGGGCUCGUUUGGCCGCGUUCACAAAGGCAGGGAGAAAUACACCGGCCAGGUGGUUGCUCUGAAGUUCAUGCCUAAAGUGAAUCGGUCUGAAAAGGAGCUGCAGUCCCUCAAGAGGGAAAUCGAGAUUAUGAGAGGACUUCAACACCCCAACAUCGUGCAGCUCUUUGACAGCUUUGAGACUGAAACCGAGGUGGUGGUGGUCACUGAGUACGCAGAGGGACAAUUGUUCCAGAUUCUUGAAGAUGAUGGGAGCUUUCCAGAGUUCCGGGUCCGGGAGAUUGCCUGCCAACUUGUUUCAGCCCUGUAUUAUCUACAUUCUCAUCGCAUUCUUCAUCGUGACAUGAAGCCACAAAAUAUUCUUUUAGGGAAAACUGGCACCGUAAAACUUUGCGACUUUGGGUUUGCCAGAGCCAUGAGCGUGUCCACCUUGGUGCUGACCUCUAUCAAGGGAACACCGCUGUACAUGUCUCCUGAGCUGGUGGAGGAGAAGCCAUAUGACCACACUGCUGACCUCUGGUCUCUGGGCUGCAUCCUCUAUGAACUCCACACGGGGGCGCCCCCGUUCUACACCAACUCCAUCUUCCACCUGAUCCAGCUCAUCGUGAGAGACCAAGUCAAAUGGCCAGACAGCAUGAGCGACACCUGCACGAGUUUCCUGAAAGGUUUGUUGACCAAAGACCCUCUGAAACGAUUGUCCUGGCCAGCCCUCUUGCACCACCCCUUUGUUGCUGAUGGUGUUACAGUGCUGUCAGACACAAGUGUUUUCAGUCCGCUGACGGUCUCGCCCAGUCCAGACAUGCUGGCACGGAAACUUAAGCAAGUGGCAGAGAAGUCUGUAGCAACAUCAGGACCGAGCAGAUUGUUGAGAAAGGUCACGGAACAAAGGGACUGUGGGAACAGAAGAAAGCCGGUCGGCAGUAACACUGCCAAAAAAAACAAGGAUUUAUCAGGGCAUGACGGGGCCAAUCCUGGAACUGCCCCCUCGAAUGUAAGCAACCCCAAGCCCCCCUCCAAUGACGUUUCAGUUGCCCCAGGUCACACAGCCAGCGAAACCUCCAGCUCACCAAUCCCAGUCUGCACAGCAUCAGAUCACAGGGGUCAGAUCAGCAUCGACUAUGAGAAAGAAUUUUGUAAUGUGGAGAUCGGGCCACAACUCGUGGAGCGGCGCUCUGAGGACGGUCUGCCGGCGCUGCACAGGCAGGAUGUUGAUGAUGAGGAGAACUGGGUGAAUCUGGCUCCAGCCUCUGACACAAGCAGGAAGCAGAAAGAACAUUUGGACCACACUGCCAUUAUAUCUCAACUUGAAUCCAAGAUCCUGGAAUUUAAAGCUCAACUGGCAGCCGGUUGUGUAAAAGAUGUGCAGAUACACCGAGCACUGAAGGUUCUGCAUAAUCUGAUGAAGAGUCCUGACCUUGAGAUGACGGAACACGUCGUCCUUAAACUUGGCCUGCCACAUGUCCUCUUUGACCUGAUCCACACUGCUGUGGAAAGCUCUGAAUUUUUCAAGCAGCCCUGGUUUGUCCCUGUCCUUGGAGAAAUGAUGACGGUGCUCAUGAUCUACUGGGAAACACACAGGGACUGGGUGGAAGACGAACAUAGGCUGGGAGAUUUAUCUAAGCCGUUCGGCUUAAUUCUCACUGAUCCAGAACUCAGACCUUUGGCACCUCUGGCGGCCACAGUUUUAUCUCUCUUCACACAGUUUGAUGUGGACGUCCAAACUAAUGUGGAGAAUCUAACCUCUCUAUUAAAUGCUCUGAUCACUGACUCAUGCCAGCUGCACAUAUCACCCCCUGCUGGUUGGGGACUUUGUGACGGACUUCUGUCAUUACUCCUGUUCACACUCACUGAGCAUGAAAACGGCUCCGUCUCGUCAUGCCUGAAUCCAGCUCUGCUUUUGGACCUUUGGAAAAGGAUUGGAACCUCUGCAGCAACCACAACACUACACUUUUGUUCAGUAGAUGGGCUUUAUUCAUUUCUUUCUAUUGUGCUGCAUAUCUGUACCAAGGAUCCAUCCUCCUGCAUCCCUCUGUUGACUGAUUAUGAAUCAAAAUGUGUGCACACACUCGGCUGGCUGCUGGGCACCGACUGUCUUAAUUUGUUUGCCGAAAGCGUUCCUUGGAGAGCUGAUGUGGAUCUGAGUCACGACAACUUGUCCGCAUUGAGCUGCCACUUACUGUGUUUUCCGUUUACCCUGGACCUGCCUCCACACACCAUGUCCACAGUCCUCCAGCUGUAUGACAGCUGUGGUAUUGUUACACACCUCCUGCAGGUGAUCCGAACUUUUCCGCCUUCACAGCUCGAGCUGCCUCUUGCCCUGCUGUGCCGUUUGCUCCUGUGUGAUCCCGAGCGCUCACUUUCCCGCCUCAGAGAAAGCGCUUUUGGCUUUUUCUCACCGCCCAGUGACAGCCAGCCGGCAGCCUCCGCACGUCAGCCUCCCACCAGAACUGCCAGCUCGCUGCUCUCUGAGUUGCUGCAGCUGGAUGUGCUGUGGGACUCCGCACAGGAACUCCUCAACGUGUUGUCCCAUGUAGCCCGCUGCUCCUCUCCAUCGGCCUGCUUUCAGCUUCACGUGGAAGCGUCGGUGCUGCGCCGGGCGCUCAGUCACUCCUACGACCUGAUCAGGGCUGCAGCAUGCAGACUUUUGGGAAAUUUGGAUCCAUUUAGGCCUCCGUCAUCAUAUAAUCGACAGCUUGAUAUUUUCAAAGAUAUUAUUCGGUGUCUUCAUGACGCCCACACGCCUGUCCGAAGGACGGCUUGCAGGGCAGUUGGGAACUGGUUGGGAUAUGUUGCAGUGGAGUGCAGCGAACAUACAGGCAAAGAACAGAUUGCUGUAACAAACAGUUUAACGGCAAAAACCAGACCGAGAGUUGACGUUGAGGAAAGGAGGAGAUGGGCGAAUGUGGCGGGGAGGACAGUGCCAGUCCUGACUCGUCUGACCACAGACUCCGACGUCCUCACGCGUCGUCACUGCUGUGAAGCCCUGGGGAACCUGGCAGACGUCGAGGGCGCCGCGUGCCUGCUGCUGGAGCACGGCGUGUCCGGCUCACUGCUGAGGGCUGCCUGCUCGGAUCCAGACAGAGCAGUGAAGAAAGCUGCCACAGCAACACUGUGCCUGUAUGCCCAGCAUGACAGCCUGCGUCAGGCUCUGCUCUCCCUUGAUGCCAGGAAGAAACUUCUACAAGCUUCACUAAACAGCCCUUCACAGUGUGACUAUCAGCAGCUCAUCAGGCAGCUGUGACAAAUGUCUGGAGAAGAAGAUCUCAUCUUUCUGAACUUUCUGAACAUCGUCCUGCUGGAGGAAGACUUCUGACAGCACUAAUAGAAGCAGACACGUUUUUCAGUAAAAGAAUGCUGCUGUUUCUUAAAUUGAUAGUUUUAAGUGUGUUGAUAAAUUUCGCAACUUUAAGUGAAAAUAAAUUUAAAAAAAAACUGUUAU